AUGGCAAAAGAUCAUCUUCAUGUUGUGAUGCUUCCAUGGUCUGCCUUUGGCCAUAUGAUCCCUUUCUUUCAACUUUCCAUAGCCUUAGCAAAAGCCAAAGUUCAUGUCUCCUACAUAUCCACCCCAAAAAACAUCCAAAGGCUCCCCAAAAUCUCACCUGAUUUACAACCCUUUAUACAACUAGUCCCCAUUCCACUUCCUGCUUUGGAUGCUGACCUCUUGCCACCUGGUUCCGAGGCAACUGUGGACGUCCCUUUUGAAAAAAUUGACCAAUUGAAGGUUGCAUAUGAUCACCUGCAACAACCCAUUAAGCAGUUCAUUGGGGAUCAGUUGCCUGAUUGGCUAAUACUUGAUUUUGCUCCUCAUUGGGCGGUGGAGAUUGGCCAAGAGUAUGGUGUUCCACUUGUGUUAUUCUCUGUUUUCUCUGCUGCUACUUGUACCUCGAGUGGUUCGGCAGAAUAUAUCUCAGGCGCAGAUAGAAAUUAUGCUCCGCCGUCAGUAGAAAGCCUGACGUCGAAGCCGGAGUGGGUUACUUUUCCCUCACUGGUGGCAUUCAGAGAGAAUGAGGCUGCUCAUGUGCACUCAGGCUUCUAUGGAGUAAAUGGUUCUGGGAUAAGUGAUGCUGCAAGGCUUGCCAAGAUUCAAUCUGCAAGUCAAGCUUUAGCUGUUCGUACUUGCAAUGAGUUUGAAGGAGAAUACUUGGAGAUUUACAAGAAAAUCACUGGAAAGCUUGUGAUUCCAACAGGUUUCCUUCCUCCAGAGCAGCAUGCAAGAAGGGCAAAAGGGGAAAUUAGUUCUGAUGGGUCACCAAACAAUGUGAUCUUUGACUGGCUUGAUAAACAAAAACCCAAGUCAGUUGUGUUUGUUGGGUUUGGAUCUGAGUGUAAGCUGAGCAAAGAACAAGCCUUUGAGAUUGCUCAUGGGCUUGAGCUAUCAGAGCUUCCAUUUCUCUGGGCACUCAGAAAACCCAAUUGGGCUGAUAGUGAUGCUGAUGCUCUGCCUCCUGGUUUUGUUGAGCGCACAUCAGAGAAAGGGCUUGUUUGCUUGGGAUGGGUGCCCCAGAUGGAAAUUUUGGGGCACCCAUCAGUUGGGGGGUCUCUGUUUCACUCUGGAUGGGGCUCUGUAAUUGAAACUCUGCAAUUUGGGCAUGUUCUUAUUGUUUUGCCAUUCAUUAUUGAUCAGCCUUUGAACGCAAGGCUUCUGGUGGAGAAGGAUCUGGCUGUUGAAGUAAAACGCACGGAAGAUGGGUCGUUUUGCAAAGAUGAUAUAGCCAAAGCACUGAGACAUGCAAUGGUGGCAGAGGAAGGAGAGAAACUAAGAAGCAAUGCAAGGAAAGCUGCCAAAGUUUUUGCAGAUCACAAGCUGCACCAAGACCACUACCUUGGCCAAUUUGUCCAUUACCUUAAAAAUAAUGUCCCAAGAAGGUCAUUUUAG